AUGGCAGCGACAUACAACAAAGAUGAGAAUAACGUUGGUGAAAUAGCAAAUGAUAAGGCGGAGCCAUUUGGUCUAAACGAAAAGGACGAUGCAGUAUAUGACCAGUAUAUGAUCCCUAGUUUUGGGGUUGGACAUUAUAGUACCAGCAAACGAGAUGAUGCAUAUGAACAGGGCGUCAAUCAACUGUGUCAGGUCUUAUCUGAAAACUCGAACUUUGUGGACCUUAGACUGGCGGACAAUCAAAUCACUAGUAAAAUGGCUGAACAGUUCUUCGAAGUGCUCUCCUCAAUGCCUGGUCUCCUUUCGCUUGAUCUGAGUGAAAAUUAUCUUGACGAUGCCUCUGCGAUCUACAUCGCUGAUUUAUUACUGGUUUACAUUAAAUUUUAUCGUUACUCUCUUGUAACAUAA